AUGCUUGAAAGAUAUCAAGCCCAGGGACUCGUCUUGGUUGCCUUCCCAUGCAACCAAUUUUACUUGCAAGAGCCAGCUGAGAACCAUGAGCUUAUCAAUGGACUGACUUAUGUCCGCCCAGGAAACGGAUGGCAGCCACACCAAGAACUCCACGUGUACGGAAAGAUUGAUGUCAAUGGAGACAACCAUCAUCCACUUUAUGAGUUUGUUAAGGAAGCCUGCCCACAAACCGUCGACAAAAUCGGAAAGACUGAAGAGCUGAUGUACAACCCAGUCCGCACUUCCGACAUCACAUGGAACUUUGAGAAGUUCUUGAUCGACAGAAAGGGACAACCACGAUUCCGUUUCCAUCCAACCGCCUGGAGCCACGGAGAGGUCGUCACUCCAUUCAUCGAGCAACUUCUUGCUGAGCCAGCCAACUAA